UGCGAGGAGACGUGGCAGAGCGCGGUGCAUCCGCGCCGGACCGGAAAGCCCAGGGAGGUGGCAGUGGCGGGAGGGUCGGAGCCAUGGCAGCCAAGGCGGCUGGUGGGGGGCGCUGGGAGGUGGUGAGGAAAGGGCGGCGGCCCGGGGCCGGCGGCAGUGGUAGAAGCGGCGGAGGGGACCGCCGGGCUCUCGGGGAGGCGAACGGUGUGUGGAAAUACGACCUGACCCCUCCAAUUCAGACGACAAGCACCCUUUAUGAGCGGGGCUUUGAGAGAAUCCUGAAGCGGCAGAAUAAGGAGCAAGUUCCACCCCCUGCUGUGGAGCCUAAGAAACCCGGGAACAAGAAGCAGACUAAGAAGGCGGCCACCCUCGCCAACCAGAACCAGAAGCAGGGUCGCUUCCGCAGCCUGGAGGAGGCACUGAAAGCUCUCGACGUGGCAGCUCUGCAGAAAGAGCUAGACAAGAGCCAGAGCGUGUUCUCUGGAAACCCAUCCGUGUGGUUGAAGGACCUGGCCAGCUAUCUCAACUACAAGCUCCAAGCGCCUCUAAGUGAACCCACUCUAAGCCAGCACACUCACGAUUAUCCCUACAGCCUGGUAAACCGGGAGCUGCGUGGGAUCAUCCGAGGGCUACUGGCCAAGGCAGCAGGGUCUCUGGAGCUCUUUUUUGACCACUGUCUGUUCACUAUGCUGCAAGAACUGGAUAAGACACCAGGGGAGUCACUACAUGGUUACCGCAUCUGUAUCCAGGCCAUUCUGCAAGACAAGCCCAAGAUUGCCACCAUGAACCUGGGCAAGUUCCUGGAACUGCUAAGGUCUCACCAGAGCCGUCCAGCGAAGUGUCUGACCAUCAUGUGGGCCCUGGGUCAAGCAGGUUUUACCAACCUCCCUGAAGGACUGAAAGUGUGGCUAGGGAUCAUGCUGCCUGUGCUGGGCAUCAAGUCUCUGUCUCCCUUUGCCAUUGCAUACCUGGAUCGGCUGCUCCUGAUGCACCCCAACCUCACCAAGGGCUUUGGCAUGAUUGGCCCCAAGGACUUCUUCCCACUUCUGGACUUUGCCUACAUGCCCAACAACUCCCUGACACCCAGCCUGCAGGAGCAGCUGUGUCAGCUCUACCCCCGACUGAAGGUGCUGGCGUUUGGGGCGAGGCCGGAAUCCAUCCUGCAUACGUACUUCCCCUCCUUCCUGUCCAGAGCCACCCCUAGCUGCCCUCCUGAGAUGAAGAAAGAGCUCCUGAGCAGCCUGACCGAGUGCCUGACGGUGGACCCCCUCAGCGCCAGUGUCUGGAGGCAGCUGUACCCCAAGCACUUGUCACAGUCCAGCCUGCUGCUGGAACACCUGCUCAGGUCCUGGGAGCAGAUUCCCAAGAAGACACAGAAGUCUUUGCAAGAAACCAUUCAGUCCUUCAAGCUUACCAACCAGGAGCUGCUAAGGAAGGGCAGCUGCAACAACCAGGAUGCCGUCACCUGUGACACAGCCUGCAAGGGCCUGUUGCAGCAGGCACGGGGCUACCGGCUGCCCUGGACACGGCUGCUCCUACUGGUGCUGAUCUUUGCCGUAGGUUUCCUGUGCCAUGACUUCCGGUCACAUAGCUCUUUCCAGGCCUCCCUCUCUGGCCGGUUGCUUCAAUCAUCUGGGUUCUUGCCUGCUGGCCAGCACGUAUGUGCCAAGGUCUCCUCCUACAGCCUGCAAGGCUACAGCUGGCUGCAGGAGACCCUGCCAGCCUGGGGCUCCCACCUGCUGACCGUGGUGAGGCCCGGUUUGCAGCUGGCCUGGACCCACACCAAUGCCACAGUCAGCUUUCUUUCUGCCCACUGUGCCUCCCACCUUGCCUGGGCUGGUGACAGCCUCGCCGGCCUCUCCCAGAGGCUACAGAUCCAGCUCCCCGACACCCUGAUGCAGCUGCUCCAGUCUCUGAGGGAGCUGCUCCUGCUGCUUUACCACAGUGUGUUGCUGCCGCUGUGGCGCGUCCUGCUAGAGGCCCUGGCCCGGGCCCAGGAGCGCUGCCAUGAGGCGUGCAGAGGUGAGGUGACUUGGGACUGCGUGAGGACACAGCUCAGUGCGGCUGCCCGCUGGACCUGGCUCUGCCUACAGGACAUCACCGUGGCUUUCUUGGACUGGGCACUUGCCAUGAUAUCCCAGCAAUAGGCCCCGCGUCCCUGUCUGGGGCAGCCCUCGGAGACUGCUGGGGGGUUUCCGCAAAGGAGUCUUUUUUACUUGGCGCCCGAGUUCUGUCUCCUAGGCAAGUGGCCAGUGGCCUCUGUCCCACUUCUACCUUUGGUGGGGACUGAGCCCAGAGGCAUCUCAGCCUCCUACCCCUGAUCCACUGAACACUUGCCUGGCCCUGUUGCAUGUAGCUCCCGGCCUCUGUCCUCAGGCCGGUAGCCUCUGUAGCCCGUUCUGGUCUCCUGCUCUCCACUUCCUUCCAUCUCAUCCCCGAAGCCCCAAAACAGCUCCUCUCCAAAGUGGUGGGACUCCACUGAGUGACAUCUGCAUUCUUUUGACAAGUGAUUCCUGCUCCCAGACUUUGGUCACGGUGGAACAAGAAGAGGGGCCUGCAGAAAAAUAUAACACCAUAGUGGGCGACAGCGGCCUCGCCUCGACCCACGGCCUGGGCGUGACUGUCGGUGGACGUGAGGCCUGGCCGGAAAGGCCUUUCACCUCCAAAUGCCCAACUUAAGUCCUUUGAGGCCCCUCACUGCCCCCCCUCCAUCGUGGUCCUACUUCCUUACUCUCCACUCCCCUUUGUUGCUGGGGGACUCUGCCUCAAGGUUCAGCUUAUCUCUGCCGCCCAGCCCUACCGUCUGCCUGGAGAGCAAAGCCCAGGUGGUUGUGUGCCUCGGGCCCAGCGAACCUUCCAGCAGCCCGUCGAGACGGGAUUCAGCAUGUGGCCCCUGGGUAUGCCUACUGGGUGGAAUAAAGGACACAGGUGUGAUUGCCA